UCGGACAUGGAUAUGUUUCAAUUUCUUGUCCUUAUCAGUGUUGGGUCAUGGUGGUAUUUCCUGUCUCUAACAAGAGAAGAAGGUGGCACAGGAUGAGAGCUACUUCCUGUACUGGCACACCCAGUAAUGAACCCACUGGAUCCUUACACUGGACUGUUUAGUGAACAUGGACCAGUAUGCAGCUGGACUGGCCGACAAACUUGCUGAAGCCUGACGCCUUUCCAACGUUACUUGGCCGUGUGGAAGAGUCAGAAGAGCAAGCGCUUUGGGAAACUUUGUCUGCUCUCACCACAAAAAUGACAACCAUGGGCACCAAUGACAGAAGAGGCUUCAGACGCCAGUAUCAUAAAAAUAAGACGCCUCUGCAAGUUUUGUGACGUCCAACCAACCAGCUGCAGCGGUCGCGGAAGCUGCAAGGUGGAGUGUGACAUCACUUCCAUUUGCACCCAUGAUGACGACGUGUGCGUCGCUAUUUGGAGGAAGAAGGACGACAAUGUCACAUUUGACACUGUCUGCCACAACCCAGCUGACAAGCUGUACGGCCUGGUCCUGGAGGACUACAACAAUAGCAAGUGUGAGAUGAAGGAAAGAAAAGGAAUGGGCUCCUCCUUUUUCAUCUGCUCCUGCUCCGAGGAUGAGUGCAACCUUGAUAUCAUAUUUAACUCCUACAUGGAUUCCCAAGUUGCUGUCAUCUUGGUGAGCCUGGUUCCACUUCUGGUCAUGGCGAUUUUGGUCAUUACUUCCUUCUACUGUUAUCGAGUCUACCGCCAACGCCGAGCUAACGCCAAACGCAAGAAAGGUCCCCCUCUGGACUUUAGUGACGCUCACGCCAUUAUGGUGGACGACGAAGGUUCGGACAGCAGCUCCACGCACGCCAACAACCUCAACCACAACACCGAGCUCUUGCCAAUUGAGCUGGAUAUCCAAGUGGGAAAAGGUCGUUUUGCGGAAGUUUACAAAGCCAAACUGAAGCAGGGAUCCUCGGUCAGUGACGAGCAGGGCUUUGAAACUGUCGCCGUGAAGAUUUUUUCAUACGAGGAGUACGCCUCAUGGAAGAACGAGAAAGACAUUUUUUCGGACGCCGACUUGAGACAUGAAAACGUGCUCCACUUCCUCACAGCAGAGGAGAGGAAAGUACAGAGACAGUACUGGCUGAUCACAGUCUACCAGCCUAGAGGGAACCUCCAAGAGUACUUGAUCCACCACGUUGUCAGCUGGCAUGACCUGUGGUUACUGGGAGGAUCGCUGGCCAGUGGACUGGCACAUCUUCACAGUGACCACACUUCAUGUGGACGAUACAAGGUGCCCAUUGCACACAGGGACAUUAAGAGCUCCAAUAUACUCGUGAAGAGUGACCUGACCUGCUGCCUGUGCGACUUUGGACUUGCACUCCGUCUGGACAACACGCUAUCUGUGGAUGAGCUAGCAAACAGUGGACAGGUGGGAACUGCCAGGUACAUGGCACCAGAGGUCUUGGAGUCCAGGAUCAACCUGGAAAACAUCGAGUCCUUCAAACAAGCCGACGUGUACUCUAUGGCGCUCGUACUAUGGGAGAUCAUCUCCAGGUGUAGUGCUAUUGGAGAGGUAAAAGAGUAUGAACCUCCCUUCGGAAACUUGAGGGAGCACCCGUGUGUCGAGAGCAUGAAGGACAGCGUCCUCCGAGACAGAGGAAGACCUGAGAUUCCCAACAGCUGGAUCAACCACACGGGCAUCCAGAUGGUGUGUUCCUCCAUAGAGGACUGCUGGGACCACGACCCAGAAGCCCGCCUGACAGCCCAGUGUGUUGCCGAGCGCUUUGACGACAUGGAGUACCUGGACAAGCUGUCAGACUGCUCCGACUCUGAGGAAAAGAUCCCCGAGGAAAUCAUUGUAGUGGACGAGAAGUAGAGUCAGUCAAAAAAAACAAAACAAAAACACUGCCCCCUUCUGGUUGGCAGAAGAAUAACACGAAACAGACUGGAAAUUUCAUGGACCAUCAGGGAUAUCACAAUAUAAAGCUUUUCAUACUUUUGCACUUUAUUAGUACCUAUGCACACUAAAUAUGCAUAUAUGCAGUGUCAAAUAAUUUUCAGGCAUAUGAAAGAAAUAACACUAAUUUCAUUUCAUCAUUUCAUGGAUGGUGCAGGUUUGACUUAUUCUCAGAUUUUAAAAAAAUGGCCAUUUGUUAGCAUUAAAAGCCGUUUUAAAACCAAAAAAGUAAUAUAUAAAUAUACAGAUAUAUCUAAAAACUAUGGUCAAAUAUGUGUGUAAUAGAAUAGUGUCAUACGUAUACAAUAAAUGAGUCUGGGGGGGGCGGGGCUUUAUGGUCUAACCUGCUGCUUGUUAAUAAUGCCAAACUAUUUAUGCAUACCAUGCUUAGAAAAUAAACUAUAUAACAUGUUUUUGUAUGUGUAAGUGUUAGCGGAUGAUACAUAAAGUAUUGGUGUUAUUGUUUUCAUGGGUUUGUCAGCUGGUUUUGAGCAAGCCAGUGAAAGUUUGUGUAUUUUAAAGCUUUAAUAGAUAUUUGCGAUGUUCGAUUAUUGAAAAAAUAUAUAUAAAAUUGCCUUUUAAUAAUAUGUAAAUAAACUGAGCAUAAGCUUGGAAGAGAGAGAAAUCUCCCAUUCUU